AUGCCAGCUUUUCUCUUUUCAUUUAAACCACUGGGAUUGCUUUUGAUCUCGCUAAUACUAUUAUUUACUGGAUCCAACAGCUACAAGGAACAAACAGUUAUCGAGCCCUUCUCACCCAAAACAAAUGUUAUCGUCGGUCAUAAUGGUUCCGGAAAAUCCAACUUUUUUGCUGCUAUCCGGUUUGUUCUCUCCGACGCGUAUACCCAAAUGGGGAGAGAAGAACGGCAAGCGCUGCUACACGAAGGUUCUGGAUCUGCGGUUAUGAGUGCAUAUGUCGAAAUUAUUUUUGAUAAUAGUGACGAGCGAUUUCCUACGGGCAGAGAUGAGGUGGUGUUGAGGAGAACCAUCGGUCUCAAGAAGGAUGAGUAUUCCCUUGACAGAAAAAAUGCCACUAAGAGCGAUGUAAUGAAUCUAUUAGAGAGUGCCGGUUUCUCUAGAAGCAAUCCUUACUACAUUGUCCCGCAGGGCCGUGUUACUACGCUUACAAACAUGAAGGAUUUCGAGCGACUGAACCUCCUCAAAGAGAUUGAUGAACUACUAAAGUACAUUGAGGAGCGGCUCAGUGAGUUGGAAGAAGAAAAAGAGGAGUUAAGGGGGUUUCAGGAGAAAGACAGGGAGCGAAGGUGUCUCGAAUAUACGAUCUACCAUCGAGAGCAAGUUGAAAUCAAUAACGCAAUUGAUGGAAUUGAAGAAACCAGAGCACGUGGCAUUGAAAUCAAUGAGGACAGCAGGGAGGCUUUUAUUGAGCGCGAGAAAGAAAUACAGGACCUUGACCAAUCGAUUACAGCAAACAAGCGACAAUCGGAACUCCUUCGGGUCGAUAAAACUCAGCUUGAGGAAGAAUAUCGCGAGCAUGUUCGACAUCGUGCACAGAUUGAGCUGGACGUUAAGGCUUUGACCGCCGACCAAGAACAUCUGCAACAAGCCAAGGCUCGGUAUGAGGAAGAGCUUCAAGAAAUCACCGAUAGUAUCGCUGGGCGUGAAGCCGAACUUGCCGAACUUCUUCCUGAGUACAACCAGAAGAAAGAGGAGGAGGCCAGACUAAAGUCGCAGUUGGAGGAGGCCGAGGCCGCACGCCAGAGAUUGUACGCGAAACAAGGACGUAGUACUCAAUUUCGGAACAAACGGGAACGGGAUGAGUGGCUCAGGCGAGAAGUUAAGGAAUGUCAAGAGACCCUGGGGAAGAGAAAGGUCAUAAUGGAUGGGCUGGAAACCGAGACUACAGAGUUGGAGGCUGAGGCUGUGAGGGUGGAGACAGAGAUCGAGAGUAUCCGAGAAAAGCUCGACGGUAGGUCUGGAACUCUGGAAGAGAUCGCCGAAGAUGUUGCCGCCCGCAAAGAAGACCGUAAUAGACUGGUCGAUGAACGAAAGGAACUGUGGCGCGAGGAUGCGAAGGUGGAUUCGUUGGUAGAGUCAUCACGCCAGGAGCUCGAGAAGGCGGAGAGAGCCCUGUCCUACACCAUGGACCAAAACACUUCGCGAGGUCUUGCGGCAGUUAGACGAAUCAAGGAGAGGCUGAAUUUGGGAGGAUGCUAUGGAACCCUUGUCGAACUAAUGGAUGUUCAAGAGAACUUCCGUACAGCUGUUGAAGUCACCGCUGGACAAAGUUUAUUCCAUUAUGUGGUUGACAAUGACGACACAGCAACCACUGUUCUCCAGCAUUUACAACGCGAGAAGGCUGGUAGAAUUACUUUCAUGCCACUCAACAGACUUAAACCGAGGCUGGGAAGUUUUCCCGGCACAAAGGACGCAUUGCCAAUGUUGGAUUAUAUCGAAUACGACGAAACCUACGCUAAGGCCUUCGAGCAUGUUUUCGGCAAAACAAUUGUUUGCCCUGACCUCAAUGUGGCUUCACAAUAUGCUAGAUCUCAUGGCCUCAGCGCGAUAACACUUGCUGGCGAUAGAGCAGACAAGAAGGGUGCAUUGACAGGGGGCUAUCACGAUCCAAGGCGCAGCAGAUUAGAAGCCGUGAAAGCUGUAAAGAAAUGGCGGGAGACGUAUGGAAAACAGAAACGGGAAGCCGUGGAGAUUAAGAGAAGAAUCGAAAGAAAGGACCAAGAAGUUACGAAUGCUGUGGGAGAAUUACAAAAGGCAGAGGCAAAGAGAGGCCAAUUAGAAAACAGUUAUGGGCCGCUCAGAGCUAAAUUGCAAGGGUUAGUAAGCACGGUAGGGCAGCUCAAAGAUAAUCUCGAGAGAAAGAGAAAAAGCAGGGAAAACGUUGAGGCAAGCUUGAAAAGUCUAGGCGAGCAACUAGAAGCAUAUCAAUCAGAGAUUAGCAGCGAAUUCAAGAAAUCUCUUACUUCUGCCGAGGAAGCUAGACUCGAAGAACUCACCGGAACUGUCCAAGAACUACGGAAGACCUUGUCGGUAGUAGCUCUGGAGAGGGCCGAAAAGGAAAGCCGGAAGUCUAUCAUUGAAGUCGAGCUACGAGAGAACCUACGGAUGAGACUUGAUCAACUAAAGGGGCAGAGUAUGGACAAUUUGGAGACCACGGGGUCAGGUGGGCGACGUAGCGAUCUGAAAGAAAGCCAAGGAGAGCUGAAGCGAAUCGGAAAGUCAAUUGAUAGGGUCAAGACCAGACUAGACGAGGUCGAUCAAGAACUUGAUGAGGCAAAAAAGGAACUCGAGGACCUUGAGCGUCAGAAGACUGAGCUGCAGACGGCACAGCAAGAGGAGGCACGGAAUAUCGAGCGACAGAAGAAAAAAAUUGAGAGGAGCAUGGCUAAGAGAGCCUUACUUACAGACAAGGCCCAGGAAUGCAGUCGGAAUAUUAGAGAUUUAGGAGUAUUACCCGAAGAAGCCUUCGAGAAAUUUGAGAGGCUGGCUUCCAACCAGGUUGUUAAACGACUUCAUAAGGUCAACGAGGCUCUAAAAAAAUACUCCCACGUUAACAAGAAAGCAUUCGAACAGUAUGCAAAUUUCACGAAACAACGUGAUACUUUAAUAAAGCGACGCGAAGAAUUGGAUUCCAGUCAAUCCUCUAUUGAAGAGCUGAUUCAGGUUUUGGACCAGCGCAAGGAUGAGGCAAUUGAGCGGACAUUCAGACAAGUGUCCAAAGAUUUCGCGGAGAUUUUCGAGAAACUUGUACCAGCUGGGCGAGGAAGGCUUGUCAUACAGAGGAGGGUAGAUAGGGAGGAACGUGAUGAUGAAGCUAGCGGCGAUGAUGACGGGGAGGGUAGAAAGGGUGGGGUGGAGAAUUACACGGGGGUAGGUAUUAGCGUGAGUUUCAAUUCGAGACAUGAUGAGCAGCAGAGGAUCCAGCAAUUGAGUGGCGGACAAAAGAGCCUGUGUGCGCUGGCUCUUAUUUUUGCCAUCCAGCAGUGUGAUCCAGCACCGUUUUACCUUUUUGAUGAGGUUGAUGCGAAUCUUGAUGCACAAUAUAGAACAGCAGUCGCACAAAUGGUGAAGGAUCUCUCGUCACGGGCAGAAAAUGGUCAAUUUAUCUGUACGACGUUCAGACCAGAGCUCGUUAUGGUCGCGGACAAGCAUUAUGGCGUGCUUUAUCAGGACACAUACAAAACCUCUAGUGUCAAAAUUGCUAGCAAGGAAGAAGCAUUACACUUUGUGGAAGGUCAGAGGCCUUAGCUAGUCAGAAAAAGGUACAGCGCUAAAUGAUGAAAAAAACGAAAAAAAAGCCUUAUUCUUACGAGCCAUGAGGAUUGAAGAUUGGGGGCGUGGAC